AUGUCUCGCGGAUUGGAGCCUUCCGAGGCAGCAGAGGCAACUGUGGAAGCGUUUCUCCAGGAACUCAUUCGCCGCUGUGGUGGCGUCAAGCAUUUCCUAGUGCUCCAGAGGUCCCGCGACCUGUCAAUGGAGGAAAUUAUCCUCAUCACCAGAGCACUGGCGACAGUUAUGCCAGACGCCAUGGGGGACCCCACAUUUGAGACCGUGAAGCUGGAGCGACCCCUCACGUAUAACCGUCUUGAGGGCACGAUUAUGAACAUGCUUGAGCGCUGGGAAAUGAGCGGGCAGCAUCCAGUUCAGAGGCCAUCAACACCACAGUACUAA